AUGAAUAAUAAUUAUAUUGUUACAUUACUUUGUACAUUGAUUGUUGUUGCAGUCAAUGUCAAUGCUAAAGCCAACACAGAAGUAGCAGCAGCCACAACAACAUACUUUAACCCUGCUAUAAACUGGGGUGUAUGGGAAGGCUGGGGAACAUCAUUGGCAUGGUGGGCACAGACAUAUGGUGACAACACUGUGUUGGCCGAUGUAUUCUUCACAACCAGCAAUGUUACAUACCAAGACACAGAGUUGCCAGGCCUAGGACUCAAUAUUGUUAGAUACAAUGCUGGCGCCAGCACAUGGGUCGAGGCCUUUGGUCACAAGAUGGUCGUCUCGCCAAAUAUCCACCGAUCGCGUCAGGUCGAGGGCUACUGGCUCAACUGGAACUCGUCAGACCCGCAGUCCGACAGCUGGAACUGGAAUGCCGACCCCCUGCAGCGAAACAUGAUGGCAAUGGCUCGUGAUCGCGGCGCCCAGUACUUUGAGCUGUUCUCAAACUCGCCAAUCUGGUGGAUGACCUACAAUCACAACCCAUCGGGCGCCGACCUGCCCGCAGACAACAACUUGCAGACCUGGAACUACCAGAACCACACCGUCUACAUGGCCACCAUUGCACAGUACGCCCAGCAGCACUGGGGCAUCAACUUCACCUCGGUGGACCCAUUCAACGAGCCAUCUGGAGACUGGUGGCUGGCUGCCGGCACCCAAGAGGGAUGCCACUUUGAUGUCAAGGCACAAAAGGAUGUGAUCCCAUACAUGCGCGCUGAGAUCGACUCGCGCGGCCUGACCAACACAAUGUUUGCUGCCAGUGACGAGAACAACUAUCAGCGUGCCCUCGACACCUGGAACUCUUUCGACGCCGCAACCAAGAAGGCUGUCGACAAGGUCAAUGUCCAUGGAUACGAGUUGUCCAAGGGUCCACGUGCCGAACUCUACCAAGCUGUCAACUCCCAGGGCAAGGUUCUCUGGAACUCAGAGUAUGGCGAGGGUGAUAUCACCGGUCUGUCGCUGGCCACCAACCUCCUGCUCGAUCUUUCCGAGCUUCACCCAACAGCAUGGGUCUACUGGCAGCUACUUGACAUCUCUGGAUGGGGUCUGAUUGAGGCUGAUGAGGACACCAACACCACUGGCCCAGUCGCCACCAAGUACUAUGCAUUGGCUCAGUUCUCGCGCCACAUUCGCCAUGGAAUGACUAUCAUUGGCUCGAGCGACAGUACUUCCGUGGCUGCCUACGAUGCCAGUGCCAGCAAACUGGUGGUUGUCGCUGUCAACACUGCAAGCACUGCUCAAACGAUCACAUUCGAUCUGUCCAAGUUCACCACUGUCAAUGGUGGCGUGGGCGGUCUUGUUGGUCGCUGGGCCACCGAUACCAAUGGCAAGGGAGACCUUUACACCUACCACGAGGACACCUACGUCCAAGACAAGACGUUCAGUGUCACCUUUGAUGCUGGCUCCAUUCAAACCUUUGAGAUAGAAGGAGUAAUAGUAUAA